GUCGUCACUCCCGUCGCUUGCGGCUCUCAUAUACUUCAAAGCUUGAAGAGAUCGUCACCUGCCCUCACAUCCUCCUGGACGAUCAGAUCUUGCCUCCUCUUCCUUCUCAACAGUCGUACCGUUUCAUACUAGGACCCGUACGCAAACAAAUACAAGCACGCACACACAAGGUCGAACAAGCUCCGCAUAUAAUACAUCAGGCAACCCAUAAACAACCACACUCUCCACCAUGUCCCACUACGGCAACAACAACGAUGAUGCCAUGUCGAGGACUACCUCGAUCUCGAGGCGACAGGGUUCGACCAUGUCGAAGAACCAGUCUUUGAUUAAGAAGAACACUGCUCCUCACGAGCUCAAGCCGUCAGACAUCUUGAUCGACCGAUUCACUGCCUGGAAGAACAUUGUCAAGAUGCUCAUCUCCUACUUUGAGGGUGUCGCCGACAUCGAGGCCAACACCUCCAAGGAGUUGACCAAGUUGGGAGCCGUCAUUCAGGUCCCUUUCAGGCAUGGAAACCAGUUCUUGGGUGAAGGUGGUGUUCAGGACGUCUUCUACACCAUCCGUGACAAGACCCGCGUCAUCGCCGAGUCCCACUCGUCCCUCGCCCGAACCAUCGACUCGUCGAUCGUUCAGCACCUCCAGAAGCUCCGAACCGAGAUCAAGGCUCACAUCAAGAACGUCCAGAACGACACUGGCAAGCUCGCUGCCGGUGUCGCCAAGGAGAGGGAGAUGUCCACCAAGGCCAUCGCCGACUUGGCCAGGGCCAUCGGUGCCGUUACCAACACCCCCAUGAGCGUCUCUUCCAAGGAGGACCCGUUCGCCGUCAACUUGGCCGUCCACAGGCAGCUCCAGAAGCAGGUCAACGAGGAGAACGCCUUGCAAAAGUCGGUCAUCAUCAUGCAGCAAAACUCUGCUCACUUCGAGGAGGGUAUCGUCCGAUCGAUCCAGUCGGCUUGGCAGACUUUCGACGAGUGGCAGUCUAGGAUGUCCACCUCGGUCCAGGAGACUUGGAGGCACAUGGGUGUCACCAUGGCUCAGGUCGUUCCCGAACGAGAGUGGGUCUCGUUCGCCGCCCGAAGCGACCACUUGUUGGACCCCGAGACUCCUUUGAGGAACCCCGACAUGAUCGACUACCCCGGCAAGAACGACCCUUCGGUUCAGCCCGUACACGUCGGUCUGCUCGAGCGCAAGAAGCGAUUCACCAAGUCGUACAAGGAGGGUUACUACGUCCUCACCCCCUCGGGUUACUUGCACGAGUACGCCUCGUCUGACCCCUCGCACGCCACCCACCCCGUCUGGUCGCUCUUCUUGCCUGCCUGUACCCUCGGACCUCCCUCUUCCCCCAACACUACCCAGUCGCACAAGUUCCACAUCGAGGGACGAAAGGACGGUACUUCAGCUUACGGCAAGACUCCCAGUCACACCGGAAGCUUGUUCAAGAUGGGCAAGAGCGAGACUGCCUACACUUUCAGGGCCAGGAGCCACGACGAGAUGAUGGAAUGGUGGAACGACGUCAGGAUGUUGGUCGCCAGGUACUUGGUCGCCAGCGAGCAGAUGGAGAGGGACGGUCCCGUCGCCCAAGCCGUCCGAACCGUCGGAUACCGAUCGGAGGACGAGGAAGACGAGGAGGAGGAAGACGAUGAUGGUUCGUCGGUCGAAGAGGAGGACGAGGAGGAGCACUUCGAGGAGCACCACCACCAGCAGGGUUCUGCCUUGGGCUCCAACUCGAACGCCGCUCUUGACCUCGCUCCCGCUUACACUCAGCCGGCCGCCGGUUCGGGCGUCCAGACCGGAUCCAACGGUUACGCUCUGGAGAAAAAGCUCGACGACGGCAAGGCCGGUUCCAUCAUCCCUGACGGAGGUUCCGCCGCCGGUUUGAGCCGACGUGAGGAGAAGGCUCCUCUGCGAGACUCUGCCAACGAGAGCACCGUCUCCCAGUCGACGACCACUGGCAAGCACGCCACCAACAACAUCGUGCUCGGCGCUCCCAAGACCGAGGGUAUGGGUGAGGCCGCCACCUCGGAUGUCAACGUCCACUCUACCAACGGCGGAGAGACCGUGACCCAGGCACCCGCUAGCGAGCAGGCUCAUGGCACAGAGACCACCGCUGACGAAUCCGAGGACCGAGAAGAGCGAGAGAAGUAGGAGGCACCUUAGGCCUCACUGCUGAAGGAUCACCGACUUGAGGUGUCAAUCAUAUUGUUCCGUCAUCCUUGUGUCCGUGUGUGUUCAUCUCGAAUCGUUUGUGCAGAUUGUUGCGUUCUACUUGAAAAUGUGAAUUUAUAAUGUUCUUCAGUUAGUGUGCGGAUUUGAGCUUGAGAACAUAUUGUUGUGUUGUUGAAGGCGCUCAGGACCGGUGGGCUUAUCAGCAACUCGGCCAAGCCCGACAAAGCCCGAAGCCGAAGUCGCAGCGGUUGGACGUCGUCCAUUCCCGGAUCGUCGUUGUCGUCGGCCCAACUCUAUGUCUAGGCUAUUUAAUCACAAUCGGCGG